CACUGUUUUCUCCAUUGAUGCUCUCACCACCAUUCUAGCUCCUCAGUCCACUUCCCCCUUCUUAAACCCGCCGUCUCAGAUGCGUCGCUAAACGUGUAUCAGAUCGACGUCGCUUGGCCAAAGACAAGACCUUCAUAUGUUGCCAUUCCCCCUUAUCACACCACUGUUGCUCCUCGCCCAGCGCAAUGGCAACCGACAAAUUUCCUUAUAGACCUGCUGCACUAUCUGCCAAUAUGGAAUGUGAACAUACCGCAGGCUCGGUCUUUUUUUCCUAUCUUUGCACUUUCAACUUUCCGCGUCCCUAUCGCAGAAUUCGAGUCGAGGACGCCGCUGGUCCGGUCCUUGCCAUUCCGUAUUGCACUGUUCACUCUCCAAUUCCCUAAGCACAUCGAUUUGAGCACCAAAACAUCCGCUGGCUCGGUUCAUAGUCGUCCUGACCGCAGGGUCAACUUCCCAGAAUACUACGCAGAAGCCUUCAACCCUCCAAGCUUCUUACCGAUAAGCACACAUACGUCCAGCGACGCUCGCACUCGGCUCUGCCAACGUUCUCAAACAUGUCGGAACGAACGAGGUCAACACCACUGAUGAGGAUGCUCCUCUCGGGCGAGGUCAGUGGGGAGGAGCCCAGAGAUUUGUCUCCUAAAGAGAAAUUUAAUAGAUGGAUGGUAAAUGAAGGAUCUCGACGCCUAUUCGUCGGCGUCUUCAUCCUCGUGCACUGCAUGUUGUACGGCUUUGGCUUUAUGAACUAUCAGCUGAAGGACAACCUAACCAAAGCCCGCGCCACCUAUGGCUACGGCUAUCCCAUUGCUCGAUCAGCAGCCCUUGUCCUGCACUUCGAUGUUGCCUGCAUUCUCCUACCGGUUUGCCGAACCCUCAUCUCCCUCGCUCGACAAACACCCCUAAACGGAAUCAUUCCUUUCGACAAAAACAUUACGUUUCACAAACUCGUGGGGUACUCAAUUGUUUUCUUCACAUGGGUUCACACCAUUGCUCAUUUACAUAACGUCGCACAACUCUCUGCGAAGGGCCACGGAGGUUUUAUCGGCUUCGUCAAGCUCAACUUUCUUACAGGCCCUGGCUGGACCGGCUAUAUUCUAACAAUCUCGGUCAUGGCUAUGUUUUUCACCGCGCUCGAAAAGCCUCGGCGGGCUAACUACGAGCGCUUCUGGAACACCCAUCAUUUAUUUGUCAUCUUCUUCAUCUUCUGGUCAAUCCACGGAGCUUUCUGCAUGAUCCCAGCGGAUAAUAAGCCAUUCUGUUUCGGCAAUGGCUCCUUCUACCUUUACUGGAUGGUGGGUGGCUUCACUUAUCUUGUGGAGCGUAUCCUACGUGAGAUCCGGGGUUACCAGAAGACUUAUAUAACUAAGGUGAUCGAGCAUCCCUCGAACGUGGUCGAGAUUCGGAUCAAGAAAGAGCAUACCAAAACACGGGCAGGCCAGUACAUCUUCUUAUGCUGUCCGGAGGUUUCCCUCUGGCAGUAUCAUCCAUUUACCCUGACGUCCGCGCCUGAAGAAGACUAUCUCUCUGUCCAUAUCCGCAUGGUUGGAGACUUCACCAAAGCCCUCGGAAGAGUUCUCGGAUGCCAAGGUCUCAAAAGCAACGAGGAAAAGUCGGCCAAAUACUCUGAAGCCGUGUCGACGAUCGACGAGAAUGGUAUGAAGCUCACCAAACUUCUUCCACGGCUAUACAUUGAUGGGCCCUUUGGUUCAGCCUCGGAAGAUGUCUUCAAGUUCGAGACUGUUCUCCUGAUUGGCGCGGGUAUCGGGGUGACACCCUUCGCCUCGAUUCUGAAGUCAAUUUGGUAUCGCAUGAGAGACUCCUCGUCCUCAACCCCAAGGACGCGACUGCGAAAGGUGUAUUUUUUCUGGGUAUGCCGAGACUUUGGCUCACUGGAGUGGUUUAAGUCCCUACUCACUGCCAUCGAGAGCGAGGAUAAGAGCCACGCCAUCGAAAUCCAUGCGUACUUGACGGCCAAGAUCACAGCCGCUCAGGCAUCCAACAUUGUCCUGAAUUCCGGGGAUACCGACGCCAUCACAGGUCUCCGUACAGCUACGAACUACGGGCGUCCAAACUGGGACAUGGUGUUUCGCGCCAUCCGCAAGAUCCACUGGCCGGGCGAGUGUGGUGUGUUCUUUUGUGGACCCAAGGGGUUGGGAGCCGAGCUGCACGUCAAAUGUAACAUGUACACCGAUCCCGGGGAUAAAGGCUACAGUUUUGUCUGGGGCAAGGAGAAUUUCUAGAUGUUAGAGUGAGGGUGUGCCUCUGGCCACGUCGCUGCCCUUGCCAGCCAACCACUCCCUGUUGAUAUGUAUUUCUAUCAAGAUGCAUUUUUCAGCGGA